UAAGAACCGUGCUCUUGAAGCAGAGUAACGAAGGAGGUUGCGCCUUCCUCCGAGGCGAGGUUAAGGUUUGGCUUGACGUUGGACGACUCGUCGGAGGGAGAAGCCCUGAAGCACCAACAAGCCAUCCAUCCCGUCCCAUUACAGCCGAGCCCCACCGCAGGUGCUGGAUCGUGAGAGCAGACGAGAUGGACGAGGUGUUAACCGCCGCCGACAUGGCAGCAUCGAACGCGUCGGUCGGGCACGGUCCCCCGCCGACGCUUUCCUCCAAUAUCCCCCUCGUCUCCGCGGUUCUCGCCUUCUCGGUCGCCCAAUUCCUCAAACCCUUCACCACCUUGUACAAGGAGAAAAGAUGGGACUCUAGGAGGUUGCUUGGUUCAGGUGGAAUGCCUUCCUCACACUCAGCUACCGUGGCAGCUCUCGCUGUGGCUGUAGGUCUACAAGAAGGGAUAGACAGUACUUCAUUUGCACUUGCCGUAAUUUUAGCAUCCAUUGUUAUGUAUGAUGCAUCAGGAAUCCGAUUGCAUGCUGGUCGGCAAGCUGAGUUGCUGAAUCAAAUAGUAUGUGAGCUACCACCGGAGCAUCCUAUAUCCAACUUCAGGCCUUUACGUGAACCUCUUGGACAUACUCCACUCCAGGUUUGUGCCGGGGCCCUACUAGGCUGUAUACUAUCCUAUCUCUUGAGAAGCUCUGUUUAGGUUCCCUAAUCUAGCACAAGUCGGAACUGGCUUUCUAUGAAGUUACCUUUUCCACAGCCACCAGGGCAGAUCUUAUGAAUGCAUCUAUAGAAAAUGUAGGAAGCUUUCUUCACAGUGAGUUUGCCCAUAGAUAUUUGUAUUCAGGAAUUCGUUUAUAUUGCUUAUGAAGACCUAGAUUGUUCGGUCAGUUUACAUAAACAUUUCCAUAAGCAUUGACUGUUAGUCCA